GAGAGAGUGGUGGAGGAGCCAACUCGGGAACCUAUUCAAGACCAUAUCAUGGACAACGACAAGAAGGAAGCCACAGAAAUGGAAGUAACAAAGGUCGAAGAACCGAUUCAAGUACAUGACAAGGUUGAUCAGACGGACAAGGAGGAAGAAAAAGCCGUAGAGCUUGAGAGCAAGCUAGGUUUGAUGACUCUUGUGAUUCAAUAUACUUUGGAUUUGAAUGAAUAUGCUUUUUUGCUUCCGGUCCACUAUCGUAAGACGCGAGUAAAAGAAGCCGGUGCCUACGACCUUCUCAUUGCGACACCAAGACUAGGAGCCGGUGCAGCCUUCUCAAAGCCUAUAUCGCGCUAUAUCAGGAGAUUUUAUCGACUGAUCAACCUAGUCGUGGAUGACGGGCUGGGGGAUCUAGGUAGGCCCGAUUUAUGGGAUGGUCACUCUCGUUUAGAGGUCAAACACCAGCCCGGCGGCCCAGAGAUCUCGCUAGGGACUUCGGUCCUGAGGUCA